AUGCCUUCCACAGCAGCGAAUGUUCGCUUCAACGCGAGUCGCAUGCAUAAGCACAGUCUCGGUGACACCAGUGAAAGUGGUAGGAGUGAGAGCUCGAACUCUCCCUCACUGGAGGUGACGCGGCCACCACCCAAUCUCGUGCGCGACCCACGCUAUGGCGUGUGCCUGGUCUGGCGGCCUGUGGAGGGCCCGCCGUUGCCCCGAUGCAUCCGCAGAACGAGUGAGUAUCGUGAGGGAGAUGCUGAGGCAACGGACUACAGAGAUGAGCCGUUUGCACGUGCGGCAGCGCGCAGGGACGCUAGCACCAGCACGGCCGCGACUGCUUUGCAGCUGAGGAGCACGUCGGUAAAGGCACAGACGCCACGCAAGGUGAUCCGAACUCGCGAAUCGCCGCCGCGCGGUCAACUUCUUCACCGCGGCAAAGGUGGAAUCGAUGACGUGCUGAGGAAUGCCCGUGAGGCACAGCGUCUUUUCUACACUUUGCAAGAGCAGCGACUCCAGGCAGAGUAUCGCCGUGCGCAAGCUAGCCUCCGGCAAGAGCUGGAUCAGCAGCGGCAGUACAAGCGCAUGGUUCAGCUGGCAGAGUAUCAGGCGGAGCUUGUGAACAUAUUCGGUCAUACCAUGCGAGACGCCGUUGCCGAUUCCUUCUUCGACGACGGAAGUGACCCUGUCCUUGCAGCUCUGCAAAGGAGGAGGGACGAGGCCCCGAGCACGCGUAGCGCUUCGUAUUCAGCGAUGCAUCGGGGCCACUGCUCAGGAACAGCGUCGCUCGGUGGUGGGGCGCGCCGAGGCAGCGCAGAGAGCGCAUUAGUGCGGGCCGCCUCCACUCGCGAGAGCGGUGUUGCACAAGAACGGCAGGCGUUUCAGCGGGCACUUGAGGAAGUGCGAAGAGGGCGACGGUGCGGCUACUGA